AUGGGGCCAUUCAAGAUGCUGGGAGUCAGAAACACGGAGCCGGCAGGCCGGCCACAUAGCCCCAAACAGAAAUGGCGGAUGUUACAGCUCGUAGCCUGCAGUAUGAGUACAAGGCGGAGGAGAAAGAGAGACGAAGACAGGUACGACAUCAAUAAAAUGAAGGGGUUCACACUGCUUUCGGAGGGCAUUGAUGAGAUGGUCGGGAUAGUCUACAAGCCAAAGACAAAGGAGACCAGAGAAACGUAUGAGGUCCUGCUCAGCUUCAUUCAGGCUGCUCUAGGAGACCAGCCCCGUGACAUCCUGUGCGGAGCCGCGGACGAGGUCCUGGCAGUGCUGAAGAAUGAGAAGGUGCGUGACAAGGAGAGGCGCAAGGAGGUGGAGCAGCUGCUGGGCCCCACAGAUGACACUCGCUACCACGUGCUGGUCAACCUGGGCAAGAAGAUCAGUGACUACGGAGGGGACAAGGAGCUUCAAAACAUGGAUGACAACAUUGAUGAAACCUAUGGAGUUAACGUACAGUUUGAAUCUGAUGAAGAGGUGGUGGAUGAGGAUGUGCAUGGAGAGGUGCGGGACGAGGCCUCUGAUGAAGACACAGAGGGAGAGGAGGCAGACGAGCGCUGUACCCUCACUGCCAAUUUGGGUACAGCUGGAGAUGUGAUGAGCACAAAGAAGAAGGACCUCCACCCCAGAGAUAUCGAUGCCUUCUGGCUUCAAAGGCAGCUCAGCCGUUUCUAUGACGAUGCCAUUGUGUCUCAGAAGAGGGCAGAUGAAGUGCUGGAGAUUUUAAAGACUGCCAGUGAUGACAGAGAGUGUGAGAAUCAGCUUGUCCUCCUUCUGGGCUUCAACACCUUUGACUUCAUCAAGAUCCUCCGGCAGCACAGGAGGAUGGUCCAGUACUGUACCAUGCUUGCCAGUGCCCAGAGUGAGGCUGAGAAGGAGAGAAUCAUGAGUAAAAUGGAGUCAGACCCGGAGCUUUCCAAGGUCCUGUACCAACUGCAGGAGACUGAGAAAGAAGACAUCAUUCGGGAGGAGAGAUCCCGGAGAGAGAGAGUUCGGAAGUCCCGCGUGGAUAACGACCUGGAGGCCAUGGAUAUGGACCAGCAGGGAGAGUCACUAGCCCCCCGGCAGGUGCUUGACCUGGAAGACCUGGCCUUCUCGCAGGGCAGCCACUUCAUGGCAAACAAGCGCUGCCAGCUCCCCGACGGCUCCUUCAGGAAGCAGCGCAAGGGCUACGAGGAGGUGCACGUGCCCGCCCUCAAACCUAAACCCUUUGCAGAGGACGAGGUACUGCUUUCUAUUGAGAAGCUGCCCAAGUAUGCCCAGGCAGGGUUCGAAGGGUUUAAGACUCUGAACCGCAUCCAGAGCAAGCUGUUCAAAGCAGCCAUGGACACUGAUGAGAACCUGCUGGUCUGUGCCCCAACGGGAGCGGGUAAGACCAACGUUGCCCUGAUGUGCAUGCUGCGGGAGAUCGGCAAACACAUCAACCUGGACGGCACCAUCAACGUGGACGAGUUCAAAAUCAUCUAUGUCGCCCCCAUGAGGUCCCUGGUACAGGAAAUGGUGGGGAGCUUUGGGAAGCGCUUGGCGAGUUACGGGAUCACAGUGUCGGAGUUGACUGGGGAUCACCAGCUGUGCAAGGAGGAGAUCAACGCCACUCAGAUCAUUGUGUGCACCCCUGAGAAAUGGGAUAUCAUCACCAGGAAGGGAGGGGAGCGCACCUACACCCAGCUAGUGCGCCUCAUCAUUAUCGAUGAAAUCCACCUUCUUCAUGAUGACCGUGGGCCGGUGCUGGAGUCUCUGGUGGCUCGAACCAUCCGCAACAUCGAGAUGAGCCAGGAGGACGUGCGGCUGGUCGGCCUGAGUGCCACGCUGCCCAACUACGAGGACGUGGCCACCUUCCUCCGAGUGGACCCUGCCAAGGGACUCUUCUACUUCGACAACAGUUUCCGUCCAGUACCCCUGGAGCAGACUUACGUCGGCAUCACCGAGAAGAAAGCCAUCAAAAGAUUCCAGAUCAUGAACGAGAUUGUCUAUGAGAAAAUCAUGGACCAUGCUGGCAAAAACCAGGUGCUGGUGUUUGUCCACUCUCGGAAGGAGACUGGAAAGACAGCUCGAGCGAUCAGGGACAUGUGUCUGGAGAAGGACACCCUGGGUCUCUUCCUCCGAGAGGGCUCUGCCUCCACUGAGGUCCUGAGGACUGAGGCUGAGCAGUGCAAGAACCUGGAGCUGAAGGAUCUCCUGCCCUACGGCUUUGCGAUUCAUCACGCUGGCAUGACAAGAGUGGACAGGACGCUUGUUGAGGAUCUGUUUGCUGACAGACACAUUCAGGUGCUGGUGUCGACUGCCACUCUGGCGUGGGGUGUCAACUUGCCAGCGCACACCGUCAUUAUCAAAGGGACUCAAGUCUACAGCCCUGAGAAAGGGCGCUGGACUGAGCUUGGGGCUUUGGACAUUCUGCAGAUGCUGGGUCGAGCUGGACGCCCCCAGUAUGAUACGAAGGGAGAAGGUAUCUUGAUCACCUCCCAUGGUGAGCUGCAGUACUACCUCUCCCUGCUCAACCAGCAGCUUCCCAUUGAGAGCCAGAUGGUCUCCAAACUCCCGGACAUGCUCAACGCAGAGGUGGUCCUGGGAAAUGUGCAGAACGCAAAGGACGCAGUGAACUGGCUGGGCUACACCUACCUGUACAUCCGCUUGCUGCGUAACCCUCCCCUCUAUGGGGUCUCCCAUGAUGAGAAGGUUGUGGACCCCCUGCUGGAGCGCCGCCGCCUGGACCUCGUUCACACUGCCGCCCUCGUUCUCGACAAGAACAACCUGAUCAAGUACGACAAGAGGACCGGGACCUUCCAGGUGACAGACUUGGGCCGUAUUGCCAGUCACUUCUACAUCACCCAUGACAGUAUCCAGACCUACAACCAGCUACUGAAGCCCACGCUCAGUGAGAUUGAGCUCUUCAGAGUGUUCUCUCUCUCCUCUGAGUUCAGGAACAUCACUGUGAGAGAGGAGGAGAAACUGGAGCUCCAAAAGCUGCUGGAGAGAGUCCCCAUUCCUGUGAAGGAGAGCAUUGAGGAGCCCAGUGCAAAGAUCAACGUGCUGCUCCAGGCAUACAUCUCUCAGCUGAAGCUGGAAGGCUUUGCUCUCAUGGCUGACAUGGUUUAUGUAACGCAGUCGGCAGGGCGGCUGAUGCGAGCGAUAUUCGAGAUUGUGCUGAACCGCGGCUGGGCCCAGCUCACCGACAAGACCGUCAACCUCUGCAAGAUGAUUGACAAGAGAAUGUGGCAGUCGAUGUCCCCGUUGCGUCAGUUCAGGAAGCUUCCUGAAGAAGUCAUUAAGAAGAUUGAGAAGAAGAACUUCCCAUUUGAGCGUCUCUAUGACCUGAACCACAAUGAAAUAGGAGAGUUGAUUCGAAUGCCUAAGAUGGGCAAGACGAUCCACAAGUAUGUCCACCAGUUCCCCAAGCUGGACCUAUCUGUCCACCUGCAGCCAAUCACCAGGUCCACCCUGAAAGUGGAGCUGACCAUCACACCCGACUUCCAGUGGGACGAAAAGGUGCAUGCCUCUUCAGAGGCAUUCUGGAUCCUAGUGGAGGAUGUGGACAGUGAAGUGAUCCUGCACCACGAAUACUUCCUGCUAAAGGCCAAGUACGCUCAGGACGAGCACCUGGUGACCUUCUUCGUGCCGGUCUUUGAGCCGCUUCCACCCCAGUACUUCAUCCGCGUUGUCUCUGACCGCUGGCUGUCCUGUGAGACCCAGCUUCCCGUAUCGUUCCGCCACCUGAUCCUGCCAGAGAAGUACCCCCCUCCCACUGAGCUGCUGGACCUGCAGCCCCUGCCAGUGUCUGCCCUGAGAAACAGUGCCUUCGAGAGCCUCUACCAGGACAAGUUCCCUUUCUUCAACCCCAUACAGACACAGGUGUUCAAUGCAGUGUACAACAGCGACGACAAUGUGUUUGUGGGCGCCCCGACUGGCAGUGGGAAGACCAUCUGUGCUGAAUUUGCAAUCCUGAGAAUGUUGCUGCAGAACGCAGAGGGGCGAUGUGUCUACAUCACCCCCAUGGAGGCCCUGGCAGAACAGGUGUUUGCAGACUGGUAUGACAAGUUCCAGGAGACCCUGAAUAAGAAGGUGGUCCUGCUGACUGGAGAGACCAGCACUGACCUCAAGCUGCUGGGGAAGGGCGACAUCAUCAUCAGCACCCCUGAGAAGUGGGACAUCCUGUCCCGGCGCUGGAAGCAGCGCAAGAACGUGCAGAACGUCAGCCUGGUCCUCAUCGACGAGACGCACCUCAUUGGGGGGGACAAUGGGCCUGUUUUGGAGGUGAUCUGUUCCCGUAUGCGUUACAUUUCAUCACAGAUUGAGCGUCCAAUCAGAAUCGUCGCUCUCAGCUCCUCUCUUUCCAACGCCAAGGAUGUCGCCCAUUGGCUGGGCUGCAGCACCACGGCAACGUUUAACUUCCACCCGAACGUGAGGCCGGUCCCGCUGGAGCUUCACAUCCAGGGUUUCAACGUGAGCCACACCCAGACACGCCUGCUGUCCAUGGCCAAGCCUGUGUACCACGCCAUCAUGAAGCACUCUUCCACCAAACCAGCCAUCGUGUUCGUCACCUCGCGCAAGCAGACUCGCCUCACAGCCAUCAACAUUCUCACCUUCUGUGCCUCAGAUGUCCUGCCACAGAGGUUCCUGCACUGCACAGAGAAGGACCUGGCUCCCUUCCUGGAGAAGCUGAGUGAUGCCACCCUGAAGGAGACGCUGGCUAAUGGAGUGGGCUACCUGCACGAGGGCCUGAACCCCACCGAGCGCAGGAUUGUGGAGCAGCUCUUCAACUCCGGUGCUGUGCAGGUGGUGGUUGCCUCUCGUAGCCUGUGCUGGGGGAUGAACAUCUCCUCUCACUUGGUCAUCAUCAUGGACACGCAGUACUACAAUGGCAAGAUUCACGCGUAUGUGGAUUACCCGAUCUACGAUGUCCUGCAGAUGGUUGGAAGGGCAAACCGGCCCCUGCAGGAUGAUGAAGGCCGCUGUGUCAUAAUGUGCCAGGGAUCUAAGAAGGAUUUCUUCAAGAAGUUCCUGUACGAGCCGUUGCCAGUGGAGUCUCACCUGGACCACUGUUUGCACGACCACUUCAACGCAGAGAUCGUCACCAAAACCGUGGAGAACAAGCAGGACGCCGUGGACUACCUCACCUGGACCUUCCUGUACCGGAGGAUGACCCAGAACCCGAACUAUUACAACCUGCAAGGCAUGUCGCACAGACACUUGUCGGAUCAUCUAUCUGAGCUGGUGGAGCACACGCUGAACGAUUUGGAGCAGUCCAAGUGCAUCAGCAUUGAGGAUGAGAUGGACGUGGCGCCUCUGAACCUGGGCAUGAUUGCAGCGUAUUACUACAUCAACUACACCACCAUUGAGCUGUUCAGCAUGUCUCUGAACGCUAAGACCAAGAUCCGAGGGCUCAUCGAAAUCAUCUCCAACGCGGCGGAGUACGAAAACAUUCCCAUCCGGCACCACGAGGACACCCUCCUUCGCCAGCUGGCUCAAAAAGUCCCUCACAAGUUGAACAAUCCCAAGUUCAACGAUCCCCAUGUGAAGACGAACCUGCUCCUGCAGGCUCACCUCUCCCGCAUGCAGCUGAGUGCUGAGCUGCAGUCUGACACUGAAGAGAUCCUCAGCAAGGCAGUGCGCCUGAUCCAGGCCUGUGUGGACGUGCUCUCCAGUAAUGGCUGGCUGAGCCCCGCCCUGGCUGCCAUGGAGCUGGCCCAGAUGGUGACCCAGGCCAUGUGGUCAAAGGACUCCUACCUGAAGCAGCUGCCAUACUUCACCUCUGAGCACGUCAAGCGCUGCACUGAUAAGGGAAUCGAGAGCAUCUUUGACAUCAUGGAGAUGGAGGAUGAGGAGCGCAGUGGGCUGCUGCAGCUCUCCGACAGUCAGAUAGCAGACGUGGCUCGCUUCUGUAACCGCUACCCCAACAUCGAGCUCUCCUACGAGGUGGCUGAGAAGGAGAAUGUUAAGAGUGGGAGUCCUGUUGUGGUUUUGGUGCAGCUAGAGAGAGAAGAGGAAGUGACUGGACCUGUCAUUGCACCACUCUUCCCUCAGAAACGUGAGGAAGGCUGGUGGGUGGUGAUUGGAGACCCCAAGUCCAACAGUCUGAUCUCCAUUAAGAGACUGACUCUGCAGCAGAAAGCUAAGGUGAAACUGGACUUUGUUGCCCCAGCCCUGGGUGUCCACAACUACACACUGUACUUCAUGAGCGAUGCCUACAUGGGCUGUGACCAGGAAUACAAGUUCAGUGUGGACGUGAAGGAGGCUGACAGUGAGGGAGACAGCGACUCUGACUGAUCCUGACCCAACGAAGAGGCUUGCUGGGGCACACUGUGGGUGUGCUGGUUUCUGUAGCUUAAUACAGUGGGGCUACCAACCAUCUUGUUGUUUAUUUCAUUAGGACCAGGCUGAACCUAAUGUGUUUUUAUAAAGUUGUAUUGUGUUCUGAUGAUGCACACAGAAUAAUCCCACAGUCCUCUAAAAUAUAGACAGUGAGAGCUGUUAUGUGCACUGGAAAGCAGUGCAGAGUUAAUGUUAUAUUUUUGUUCCCUGUCAAAAUAAAACCCUAGACUAUUGAGAGGUACUCUAGGGGUACAGUUGAAUACCACUUGCUCAAUACUCAAGAUCAUGAAAUGAGAUGAUUGUCAAGCCUGAGUUUGCUGGCUUUUAACAGCUAAUGAACCAGUUAUCCUUUUAACAACAUUUUAGUUUCAGUUAAGGUAGAUCAUUUUGUACUUAUUCUCCAAUUUUGUUUUGACAGAUAUUGCAGAGGAAAGAAUCACUGCAUUCAUGUUUAUUAUAUUGGUAUGUUACCAGAUAAAUGAAAAUAUGGCAAGCGUAAACAACAAAGAAUGUUCUGGUCUUGCGUGUCUUGUGUGUUUAUGAUUUUAAGCUCUUAGUUUGUAUCCUCAAGAGAUCCGUCUCUUUACUAAUACUGUAGUGUGGAGACAUGAUCCUCAGUAUUUUAUAUUGCAAAUAAGAUGAUGGAUAGAAGCUGAAAUGUUUUGAAAGUGAAUAAAUCUUGUACAGGCUUCUUUUUAUGUGUAACAAGCCCCAGGCUGUGAUGAAAUGGCUCGUUUUGUUUUUGUGCCAUUACUGCUGUUUACCCAAAUAAAGGCUUAGAUCACAA